ACAUCUGCGAGGGCUAUAUUCGACAGUGCCGCAAGCACACGGGAAUGUUCACUGUUGCACAGCUAGCCACUAUUUUUGGAAACAUUGAAGACAUUUACAAGUUCCAAAGUAAGUUCCUGAAAGACCUUGAGAAACAGUAUAACAAAGAGGAACCUCACUUAAGUGAAAUAGGAUCCUGCUUCCUUCAGCAUCAAGAGGGCUUUGCCAUCUAUUCCGAGUAUUGCAACAACCACCCAGGAGCCUGCGUGGAGCUCUCCAACCUCAUGAAGCAGGGCAAGUACAGGCACUUCUUCGAAGCUUGCCGCCUGCUCCAGCAGAUGAUUGACAUCGCCUUGGAUGGGUUCCUCCUCACGCCUCUGCAGCUGGCAGAGCUGCUCAAGUACACCACGCAGGAGCACAGUGAUUACAACAAUAUAAAGGCAGCCUAUGAGGCCAUGAAGAAUGUGGCCUGUUUGAUCAAUGAGCGUAAACGGAAGUUGGAGAGCGUCGACAAGAUUGCUCGCUGGCAGGUGUCCAUUGUGGGCUGGGAGGGAUUGGAUAUUCUAGACCGAAGCUCAGAAUUGAUUCAUUCAGGGGAAUUGACCAAAAUCACUAAGCAGGGCAAGAGCCAGCAGCGGACCUUCUUCCUGUUUGACCAUCAGUUGGUGUCCUGCAAGAAGGACCUGCUAUGCAGGGACAUGCUGUACUACAAGGAUCGCAUGGACAUGGACGAGAUGGAGCUUGUGGAUGUGGAGGAUGGUCGGGACAAGGACUGGAACCUCAACGUGAGAAACGCCUUUAAGCUGGUCAGUAGGACCACAGACGAGGUUCACUUGUUCUGUGCCAAAAAACAGGAAGACAAGGCAAAGUGGCUGCAGGCCUGUGCGGAUGAGAGGCGUCGGGUGCAGGAGGACGAGGAGAUGGGAAUGGAAAUUUCAGAAAAUCAAAAUAAACUCGCCAUGUUAAAUGCUCAGAAGGCAGGACAUGGAAAGUCAAAAGACUAUAGUGGAUGCCCUGUUGCCCCGCCGCACCAGAACCUGCAUCCCCUCCACCAGCGCCACAUCACUGUGCCUACCAGCAUCCCCUAGCAACAGGUGUUUGCCCUGGCAGAACCUAAGAGAAAGCCUUCCCUCUUCUGGCAUACCUUCCAUAAACUCGCCCCUUUCAGGAAGUGAGCAGCAGGCCCAUACUUCCCCCGAGGGACUGAAGAGGAGAACCAUGUUCAUUUCUUUUGUGUGAAACCCAGGGAAAGUUUCUUGGGCCCAGUGUUGAAAACUUCUUUGGGGGCUCAAGGAAGGAGUUGGACUCACCUUCACUUCAGAGAUCCUGCUGCUUUCGUGGAAAGGAGGAGAAGGUCAUGACACAUGGCUCUGCCCUGCAUGAGAAGCCCCAAGGAGCACUCUGAGGUGGCUGGGACCUUGGAACCAGGGUCAAGUUUUACAGGAAUACUGCUGUGGUAGCUCCACAAGCCCCACUAGAGAUGGGGACACUCCUGCGGUUCCAGAGCACCGAGAGCUUUUCAGUGCUAAGGAUUGAGUCUGCAUUUGACUUUGAAGGGAAUCAACGAUGGGGAGUAGCUAUAAUGCUGCCUCUCCCUACCAUGUGUCUAGUCACACUUAGAAGGUGAGCUUUUACUCCCUCUGGUAGUAUUAGGGGAUCAACAGCUGCUUGGAGAUGACCAGGAUGUUCCCUCGUGUCACCUGUGUCUACACAGUUGCCAAAUGCAGGCCUCAUCUUGCAAGGUGCCUCUUCUUCAAGCUAGUCGGGAAAAUUACAUCCGUCUCGUGGCAGCACAGCUUGAGAUGUGGGGGCACUGAGGCAUCCCCCAGGUCAUGCUACUU